AUGACCGGAUCGGGCGGUGGCUUCGUCCUGUUGACCAGUACCCAGCUUCUCGAGACUUUGGCGCAUUUCUCGGGUGAAAGAAUCCCCGAAAAAGCUGUUCAUGCCAAAGCUGCAGGAGCACGAGGAUACUACGAGGUCACUGACGAUGUAUCUGACAUUACAGAUGCUGAUUUCCUGACGGGCAUUGGCAAAGGCCAGAUGUACACCGUUGGAGAUUUCAGAGGGUUUGCCGUCAAGUUCAAGACGAACCAGGACAAUAAUAACUGGGUUUUCAACAAUCAGCCUAUCUUCUUUGUUCGAGACCCGGUCAUAUUUCCUUCGCUGAAUCGAAGUCAUAAGAGACAUCCUGGAACCAACACCCCCAAUGCCGACAUGUUCUGGGACUUCCAUAUCAACAACCAAGAGAGUAUACAUGCUUUGAUGUUCCUGUUUGGCGACAGGGGGUUGCCUUCCUCGGUUCGCCAUGUGAAUGGGUACAGCGGGAAUACCUACAAGUUUACCAAAGAGCAUGGGUCAUACGUCUACGUUCGAAUUCACUUGAUCUCGAAUCAAGGAACCCGCUAUUUCACCAACAGCGAAGGAGCCCAGCUAGCAGGCACGGAUCCUGACCGCCACCUGGCGGACCUUCAGGAGGCGAUCAACGCGGGAGACUUUCCAUCAUGGAAUGUGUUAGUCCAAGUCACCCGUCCGAGCGAGAUAUCGAAAGCUCCGAUCAAUAUCUUCGACAUGACAAAAGUGGGGCCAAAGAAACUCUACCCACUACGCAAAAUGGGUCGCGUGGUCCUUGACCACAAUCCAUCCAAUUGGUUUGCAGAAAUCGAGCAGGCGGCCUUCGGUCCGAGCAAUAUGGUUCCAGGGAUUGCACCCAGUCCAGAUCCUAUGCUUCAAGCCAGAAUGUCUGCGUAUCCGGAUGCUGCAAGAUACAGACUGGUGGGCACGAGGCUGAAACCUGUCAAAUUCGCAAAUGUGAAAGGCAGUUAUCCAGUCAGUAAUGCCGAGGAAGCCCAGCUGCAAGCAGAGAAGGAAAAGGACCAAACCACUCUCGACCACGCCCAAGUUACAGCACCUUGCUCGGUAUUCACUUCGGUCACCGAUGCGGAUUUCACACAAGCGAGGGAUUUGUGGCGGAUCAUGGAGAAGCAGGAGGGUGCUCAGGGGCAUUUUAUCGGCAAUGUCGUUGCACAUGUGAGCGGAGUUACUCAAGUUUGGAUAAGGGAAGAAGUCUACGCGAUGUUUGGCAGAGUCGACACAAAAUUGGGAGAGUCAAUCAAAAAGGUUACAGAGACCAAGAUUGAAGGGAACCAUGCUCAUCCUCAUAAGACUGCAUGGCAUUGA